AUGAGGGCCGUCCUCCUAGGCCGGCUCUGUCUAAGGCGCGGCUUUACACAAUUACCGCGACGUACAUUUACACAAUCAUGGCGUGCACCCGCCAAGCGCAUUCCCAGAAGGGCGCCGGUCGUCGGCGGGCUGGUCAUGGCCGCGCUCGCGCCGAGCGCAUUCCUCAAGCUCGCGGAGGACUCGGAUGGUGAUGAGAAGACGGGCGAGAUGCAGAUGCUGGAGGCUUCUCGUGAGGAGAUUCGAAAGACUGUUUCGAAAGAUGCGAGGGGCCUUGCGCGGCUUUGCCAGUCACUCCGUGUGUUCUGGUACUACUUUGUCUAUGAUCCCAUUGCGACUGGGUUCCGGUUCCUUCAUCUUGCUGUCAUUUUCAUACCCGUGGUUGUCACAGUGCCAGUUAUCUGGAUUGGUCGGAGAGUUGAGGGAAGCAAUAAUGCGCAGACCGGCACGAUAUGGUGGUAUCGAUUUUUAGUCAAUGCUAUGGAGCGUGCAGGCCCUGCGUUUAUCAAGCUCGGACAAUGGGCCGCUUCCCGCACCGAUAUAUUCCCACCGGAGAUGUGUAACAUCAUGUCCUCACUCCACUCAAAUGCCCCCGCCCACUCACUCGAAGAUACAAAACGCAUCAUCCGAAAAGCUUUCAACGGCAUGCCUUUCGAAGACAUCUUCGAAGAGUUUCAUGAAGAACCUCUCGGGGUUGGCGCCAUUGCCCAAGUGUACAAGGCCAAGCUCAAGCCAAGCUUGGCUACUAGCGCCCAGGAACUGGGACAAGAACCCAUCACAUUAGGAGAGAAGGUGCGGAAGAACAUGGAUGUGCUGGUGAAGAGCUCACCACAACGAGUCCCGUCGUCAUAUGUCGCUAUCAAAGUCCUGCACCCCAAGGUCGAGAAGAUGAUUCAUCGGGACUUGCGAAUUAUGGGCUUCUUCGCCUCUUUGAUCAAUGCUAUCCCAACCAUGCAUUGGCUUUCUUUCCCCGAUGAGGUACAACAGUUUGGUGAAAUGAUGAAACUCCAACUGGACAUGCGCAUUGAAGCAACCAAUCUGGUCAUUUUCCGCGAUAAAUUCAAAACUCGCACAACGGCCUGGUUCCCGUAUCCGUACAUGGAUUACACCACCCGGGAGGUGCUGAUUGAAGAAUUCGCUCAAGGUGUCCCAUUGGCAACUUUCUUGGAUAUCGGCGGAGGUAUAUUCCAACAUGAAAUUGCCAACGAAGGACUUGAUGCAUUUUUGCAUAUGCUUUUGAUCGACAACUUUGUGCAUGCCGAUCUGCAUCCAGGGAAUAUCAUGGUUCGCUUCUACAAACCUAGCGAACUCGACCUGUCACUUCGAAAGCACUCUCGCGCCACUGAAGCUCCUACUCGCGCAGAAGUAGACGUGACUGAGGCUGUUCUGGCGCGCUUACGCCCGCAUAUGGGCGACAAAGCCGCCUGGGAGUCUGCGCUGGCCAAACUCAACGACGAGGGAUACCGUCCCCAGUUAAUUUUUAUCGAUACGGGCCUCGUCACUCAACUCAAUGAUACUAAUCGACGGAACUUCCUGGAUCUCUUCAGGGCCAUUGCCGAGUUUGAUGGUUACCAGGCUGGGCAUCUGAUGGUUGAACGGUGUCGUACACCCGAGGAAGUCAUCGAACCAGAGAUCUUUGCAUUAAAGAUGCAGCAUUUGGUACUAAGUAUUAAAUCUCGCACAUUUGCCCUUGGCAAUAUCAAGAUUGGCGACGUCCUGAGUGAAGUCCUCACAAUGGUCCGUGGCCACCACGUUCGAUUCGAAGGUGACUUUGUCAACGUCGUCAUUUCUUGCCUCCUUCUUGAAGGAAUUGGCCGAAGCCUUAAUCCUAAUCUAGAUCUUUUCCAGAGUGCCCUUCCAAUUCUUCGACAACUUGGUACUGGCCAAACGUUCUUGCAGACGGUGCGUUCGGGCGACACAUCGAUGCUUCGGGUCUGGGUUGGCUUAGAAGCUCGUGGGUUGCUGCAGGCCAGCAUUGAAAGCGUGGAACGGUGUGUCAAGUAUGAUUUGCUGUCACCGAAUAUCUGA